AUGUUCGCUGUUCCAGGAUGGUCGCUCGAGACCUCUGCGCUGAAGUCGCAAACUCAGACUGCACAGCCCAAUGAGCCAGCCAAGGAUGCUCCCACCCCAGAUGCGAAGAACAACAAGCGCAAGCGGGCCAAUGACCGUGUGACCGCGGGUAACGUGGAUGAGAUGUAUCGCAGACACAUUGAGGGUAACACCAGAAGCACCAAAGCUGCCAAGGGAGACAAGGCCAAGGGCGAGAAUGCUGGUCCAGACGCCUCCGUGAAGACAGACAAGAAGCAGAAGAAGGAAAAGAAGGGAAAGCAAGAGAAACCCGAACAGACCACCCAGGAGCCAGCAACUGAAGCCCUCGCCGUCGAAGCGGAGGCUGAGAACGAGGAACCUGAGGACAAGACUCCCAAGAAGAAGCAGAAGAAGAACAAGAAGAACAAGGCCAAUGCCUCAGAGGACACCGAGAAAGACAGCGCCGCCUCUGCCCCGAAACCAGCUGCCCCAGCUCCCGCUGCCCCCGCGCUACCACCUACCGCCAAUCUGACGCCCCUCCAGCAGGCGAUGCGACAGAAGCUUGUGUCUUCCCGAUUCCGCCACCUCAACGAGACCCUUUACACCACCCCCUCCGAGAAGGCCGUAGAACUGUUCAAUGCCAACCCCGAGCUCUUCGACGAAUACCACGCCGGAUUCGCACGCCAGGUGAAAGAGUCAUGGCCAUCCAACCCCGUCGACGGCUACAUCAAGACCAUCCGCACCCGCGGUGCCAUCCCCCUCCCCAAGCGUGGAAAGCCCAACAACCCUGCCAAGGGCUACCCGUUGCCCCGUCGCCCCACUGGAGUGUGCACAUUCGCCGAUUUGGGUUGUGGAGAUGGUCAAAUUGCGCGCUCGCUCACACCCUCUGCCAAGAAGCUGAACAUCAAACUUAACAGCUACGAUCUGCAAUCGCCUGAUCCCCUGAUUACCAAGGCUGAUAUCUCCAACCUUCCUCUUGAGGAUGGCUCAGUGGAUGUUGCCAUCUUCUGUUUGAGCUUGAUGGGAACCAACUGGGUUUCCUUCGUUGAGGAGGCAUGGCGUGUGCUGCGUGGUGAUGGCAAGGGCGAGUGCUGGGUCAGUGAGGUCAAGAGUCGAUUUGGCAAGGUUUCCCGCAAGAAGUCUAUGAUUGGUGCUCAGAGGCCUGGUAGCAAGGCCGACAAGAAGAAGCCCAAGAAGAAGGGCGGCAAGGAUGAUGACUCUGAUGCGGAUGAAGGCGAUAUCUUUGCUGAGGAUUCUCGGCCGUCUGACAACACCGACGAGACUGAUAUCUCCGCAUUCGUGGAGGUUUUCCGGUCUCGUGGAUUCAUGCUUCGUCAGGAAACCGUCGACAAGAACAAUAAGAUGUUCGUGAAGAUGGAGUUCGUCAAGCAGGGAGGUCCUCCCACCAAGGGAAAGCAUGCUUCGGCCCUCAGCGCACCUGCUCCAGGUAGCAAGAAACGAUUUGUUGACCGCAAGCCUGAGUCGGAGUCUGGCAUGUCAGCUGAACAGGAGGCUCAGGUCCUUAAGCCAUGUGUUUAUAAGAUCCGUUAA